AUGGCCCCCGCCCUGAUGCCCGCAGCAGCCCUGAAGGUGUGCCACCACUACCAGGGCGAGUGCGAGGCCGCGGUAAACGGCCACGCCGCCCUAGAGCUCCACAAGUCCUUCCAGUGCCUGGCCAGGGCCUGCUCCCUGCACCACCACCACCAGGUGGCCUUGAAGCACAUCACCCAGUUCCUGCUGUGCUCCCACGAGCGCAGCAAGAGGGCCAAGAGCCUGAUGUUCCUGCUGAACCAGCACAGCAGCCGUGUCUCCUUCCUCAACAUCAGGAUGCCCGAGACCCGAGAGCGGGAGAGCAGCCUCCAAGCCAUGCAGAACACCCUGCACCUGGAGAAGAGCGUCAGCCAGAGCCUGUUCGAUCUGCACCACCUAGCCACCGAGAGCAGCAACGCCCACCUGUGCCACUUCCUGGAGACGCGCCACUUGGACCAGCAUCUCAAGUUCGUCAAAGAGCUAGGGGACCAUCUCACCAGCGUGCUCGAGAUGAGGUUCCCAGAAGGCGGUCUGGCAGAGUACACCUUUGAUAAGUUUACCCUGGGCAACAGUGACAAGGAGGACUGA